UUGUGUGUCUGACUGGCCCUCCUAAAAGUAAAAGUUGCAUAAAAUCCUGCAGAAAGGUCCAAGCUAAGUGCGUCAUCCCGGCUCUGAGGCACGUUUUGAUAUCAUUUAACUGCAUGCUGACGAGUCACAAAGAAAUGGGAGAGAGAGUGAGAGAGGAAAAGGAGUCGCUCACUUCAACCCACUUAUCCUUUUCUGCUGUGGCUUCGACUAAACUAUGGCCCCUAGUCGCUAUUUAUGGGAUACAUAAACGCAUAAAAACAUUUGUUUGUUUUUCUUUUCUCCAGCUCAUAUCUGAAGCCUUUGUUUACCUCAACCUCUGUGGUCCUUACAGUCAUCUCUUCUUCUUUUUUUCUCGUACAUUGUACUGUUUAGUUUGACUACAAUUUACUGGGCCAUGUAAAUAUAUGAACCAACUGGUGCCAUCUGUUUUUCCCUCUGUCCUCAAUCCAAGACGAUCCUUCGUCUCCACGUACAGUUGUACUACUUUUCAAUCUAUGACAGGACCGUAGUGUCAUAAUGUAGUUUGUUCCCUUCUUGUUUAUGUGGUGCACUCUUAAUUCAUGUCUUGACUGACGCGUCCACCUUUUUCGUUUACGUGUUUGUGUUUGCGUGAGAGAAUGGUGCCCUGCAGGAGAGUCAGCAGAUGGCAACGUGGAGAGGGACGGCAGUGAAAGAGCUGGACCUCUAUGGUGCCUUCCAGACUGCAGCAGCGAGCAGUGUAUGGAAGAUGUCUGGAAAGCGAGACUGGACUCCGUGGAUGAAAAAGAGAAGGGCUCCAGUGUUGUGCGCUCUGGGUGCAGUACUGCUGUGCUGCCUGCAGAGCGGCGCCUCGCUCUCUGACGAGGUGCCGUCGUUCAGCGAGGAGCCCAUGUCCGUGGUGCAGAAGCUGGGCGGCAGCGUGAAACUGCUCUGCAGCGCCCGACCCGCCUCCGCCAACAUCAGCUGGCGCCUCAACGGCCGGGAGCUGGCGCAGGGACGUUCGGGCGUAGUGCUGCGGCCCGACGGCCUGUUCAUCCCCACCCUCUCCAACCUGACGGUGGGCCGCUACCAGUGUGUGGCCAGCACCGCCGCCGGAGCCCUGGCCAGUGUGCCCGCUGACGUCACCGCAGCGAAGCUGCGUGAUUUUGAGCGCGAUGACCAGCAGGAGAUCGAGGUCGACGAAGGCAACACGGCCGUUAUUGAAUGUCACCUCCCCGAAAGCCAGCCCAAGGCUCAGGUCCGCUACAGUGUCAAACAGGAGUGGCUGGAAACAUCCAAAGGUAGCGAGCCGCUUCAGUGCACUGACAUCUCCCCGAAUCUCCCCCUGCCUCCCGCCUAAUCGCCAAACGGUCUUUAUAAUUUACCGGAAUGCUAUAAUCCUGCUAUCUGACCCCAUCGUGAAACCGGUGAUAAGGGUCUUAUCUCGAGAAUGUUUAAACACGGGAAUACGGUUGUUUAUUCUGCAAGCCGUUUACUUUUAAGUUGCUUGGAGGAACAGCGAGACUGCAGUGGUUUGUGGCUGGUAUGCUGAUGAUGCCUGGGAGCUGUAGGCACUGAUAUCUGCAGCUUAUCUGCGAGGAAAUGAAUACCACAUUGACGAGCGUCAGACUCUGGGGCGCCACCUUGUGCUCAACUGGACUGGAAUGGCACAUUGCACUAUUGUACUAAGCUGCUAUUUGCACUCAAGCGUUGAGACAAAUUGCAUGGUGCAUUUGUCUCAUUGACAAACCCUAAAACACUAAGACACAUUUUCUGAUUUCAUUACGAUCAAUACACAAUCAUCCUUAUUUCAGGUGUACUUGUAAUUGUUCUUGUUUACUGUGAACAUUAUCCUGCAUUCCUCUGAACAUAUUGUAAGAACA